CGGGGCAGAGCUGGACGCGGCCAUGCCGCCCAGGCUCCUCCUUCCGCACCGUAGCCUGGGCCGGCUGCGGCAGAGCGCGGACCGCAGGGGGCUGCUCGCUGCGGCGCCGGGCGCGGGCAGCACCUGCCUCCCUGCCCCCAUUCCCCGCUCGCUUCUCCUCCGGCGGCCGCGAGGCGAGGGCAGCGGCGCCCUCCUCCGCGCCCGGCGGCGGCGGCCCAGGCGGGCCCCGCGGUUGCCGCCUUCCCCCAGCUGCGCCCCGGCGGCGGGGGCGGGCGCCGCGUGCGUGUCAGGCGCCCCGCGCUUUGUCUCCCGCCGCGCCGCGCUGCGCCGCGCCGGCCGCUCGCAGCCGCUUCUAGCGGGAGCCGCGGCGGCCGCUGGGGCCGGUCACACGGAUGCGAGACGCGGCACCGCGCGGCAUCGCCCGCCGGCCGGGAGCAGCCCGGCUCCGCGCACAUGACGACAAUCAAUACAUCUGUACUGAAGCUUCCCUUGGACUAACAGACUCUGAGACAGCUUGCUGCAAAUACUGAGCACUGGAUUGAUACUUCAGUCCAUCUUGUCUUUUGUAGCCAGAUGGAGAGUUUGGAAAAAAAGAGUGAUUUCCUUGAUUUGCAGACAGAGGGCACCAUGGAGCAGCCAUUCUCUGUUAGUUCAUUGAAAAAGCUAGUAGCUAUUCCUGACCAUACAGACAUCUCUGUGACUCCAGAGGAGAGAGUACGUGCCUUAAGCAAACUUGGCAGCAAUAUCACAAUCAAUGAAGAUAUCACUCCACGUCGUUACUUUAGAUCUGGAGUAGAGAUGGAGCGAAUGGCAUCCAUAUAUCUGGAGGAAGGAAACCUGGAAAAUGCUUUUGUCUUUUAUAAUAAGUUCAUAACCUUGUUUGUAGAAAAACUGCCCAGUCACCGAGACUAUCACCAAUGUGCAGUACCGGAAAAACAAGAUAUUAUUAAGAAAUUGAAGGAAGUUGCAUUUCCAAGGACAGAUGAAUUGAAGAGGGAUCUUUUAAAAAAAUAUAACUUAGAAUAUCAAGAAUAUAUGCAAAACAAAAACAAAUGUGAGGCUGAAUUUCUGAAGAAAUUAGAGCAGCAAAGGCUAAUAGAGGCAGAGAAGAAACGAAUUGCACAUAUGCGGCAACAGCAGCUUGAAUCAGAACAGUUUCAGUUCUUCGAGGAUCAACUUAAGAAGCAAGAACUAGCUCGAGAUCAGAAGAUUAAAGAGAACAUGGUUAUGUCCGAACAGAUAGAUGGAAGUAUGCUAUCUUGUAUUUCUGCAUCUGAGAACAGUUCUUUAUCUAACACAUUGCUUGAGAAAAAAGAGAAGAGUGCCACAUUGGGCUGUACUGGACAUUCACCUCCAGUAAACCGGGCUCUAACGCCAGCAGCUGCUUUAAGUGCUGUUCAGACUCAAUUGGCCGAAGCACUCAGAGGUGUAAUUUUACCCAGGGAUCUCUGUCACAAAUUUCUGCUGCUAGCAGAGACAAAUACAGUAAGAGGAAUAGAGACAUGUGGAAUUCUCUGUGGAAAACUGACACACAAUCAAUUUACUAUUACCCAUGUAAUAGUGCCAAAGCAGUCUGCAGGACCAGACUACUGCGACAUGGAGAAUGUGGAAGAAUUAUUUGGUGUUCAGGAUCAGUAUGAUCUCCUUACUUUGGGAUGGAUCCAUACACAUCCAACACAAACUGCAUUCUUAUCCAGUGUUGAUCUUCAUACUCAUUGUUCUUAUCAGCUAAUGUUACCAGAGGCCAUUGCAAUUGUUUGUUCACCAAAACAUAAUGACACUGGUAUCUUCAGACUUACUAACACUGGCAUGCUUGAAGUUUCUGCUUGUAAAAAGAAGGGAUUCCAUCCACAUACAAAGGAGCCUAGGUUAUUUAAUGUCCUUGGAUGGCAUAGAAGCAAUUAGGCGGAUCUUAAAACCCAGCAGCCAAUUUCAUUUUUGUGACCUAGCCAAGCCGCUCUUGUUCAUGCUAAUGAUGAUCUGACUCAAAACUCUCUAUACUUAACAUCCCAGUAUUUUGUAAACUAAUAAAACAGACUGGAAUGCAUCAUAGGCUCAACUGCAAACCUUGAAGCUAUAGAAACUCAACCCUAGACAGGUGCUCAUCUGUGAAACAGCUAAAUGAAUCAAGUCAGGAAGGUUAACAGGAAGCUGACUGAAAAAAUCUCCUUCCUUCCUUAUUCACUCCACAUCAUCUAUCACCAACUUUUACAGCAGUCAAAAUUUCUAGAUACUUCUCUGUAGAGUUUGUUUGUUUUUCAAACUCGCUUUACUUGACAAAUUCUCCAGGUGACCUUAAAUUAAGGACAGAGAGAAGAGGGUAUAGCAGGGAGAGAAGAAUUAUAGGAUUCUGCCGUCAAGGAAAGAGACGUGGUUGGACUCAGAUGGGUGCACUGCUGGACUCCUUUUGCCUGGAGACGCUGUGUUACGCAGACUGCUCAGGGCUGGGCUAGCCCCAGACACAGGAGAGGGUGGAUCUGGGAUGGAGACCUGGGCAUGGGGCAGCAAGGCCUUCUGGAAACUCAAUAUGGAAUAAUCAAACCAGUUCAUUACCUGGUGCCUGGGACGACCCACAAUGGAAGGGAAAACCGCUCUUGGAGCAUCAUCCCCAGCAAAGCCGGCUUUGCAGAGCCCUGACCCGUUGUCACAAACAAGGGCGGUGCUGUCCUCUUCCUCGCACAUCUUCUACGUCAAUGUCCUCAGGCCCUCCUGAGAGAAAACAGCCCUUUGAAAACAGCAGGAAAAGAAUAAAAAGAACACACUCAGGUACCAAAACCACUGCUGAAGACAGAGACUGCUGUACGAAAGGGACCAGCAUUAGCAAGCAGAGGUUUGGCCCUGGUUUGGUAAGAACAAGGCUGGGAGGGCACAGGAAGGAAGAAACUUCCUUUUGAAAGUGCGAAAGUUUUUGACCAUGUUGGCAGGAGGGCUGUAUGCACAAGAGCUUAUUCAAGGAGACUCCAAAGGAGACUUCCAGUCCUGCUGCAUGGACAGACAGACCAUUAGCAAAUGUUAUCUAAAUAGCAAAUGUUUAUCUAAAUUUGGUCAAAAAAUCCAUGGCUGGGGCAGGGGAAAUAAAAGAAUGCUGGACUGACAGCUGCAAAAACAAAGAUCCCUUUACAUCAGAUUCAGCACAACACUCCCCACUUUUCUGUCACCCUGACAGAAUUCUGACCCCUGUGGAAAGCCUUUAAAGGUAAGAGCACUUCACCUCCACCAUUCAGUCUUGGGCUUCUGCAAGACAAACCACAUUAAACACUAGUCAGGUACCAGUGGUAUUUUAAUGAUACAGAUAUUAACCCACUGUGUCAAGAUGACCAAUUACAUUUAUGUUUCCCCUUUUAAAAGAGAAGAAAUGUUCCUAAUUUUUUUUUAAAAAAAAAGCUUCUCCCAGCCUCCCUCUAGCUAUUCAGAAAAAAGAUCAUGCCUUUAGAAUCAAGUUGGGGGAGUACGUGUUUUAAAAACAGGCCAUAGCAUAUGCUCCAUCACCAUUUAAAACCAGCUAAUAAACUGCAUUUGUAAAAUGGCAAAGCAAUUUA